AUGGCAGCAUCAAACAACCAGAUACCCUUCGAAGCUCUCCCGCUGGACCCUACCGGCCCUCGGGGAAACGCCUGGGGCCGAUUCGGACCCAAUGAUGAAUUGGGAACAUUAAACCUCCUCACACCAGAAGUUAUUGUUGAGGCAGCGAAGGAGAUUAAAACGGGUGUGCGCAUCUCGCUGGACUGGCCGCUCAGCAUGCCUUCUUACCCAAGUUUCGACCGGAAUCCAUUUAAGCAAGAGCUCGUGCUGAGGAAUCCAAAUUGUGUGUUUGAUGAUAUCUUGACUUUCAACAGUCAAGGAUCUUCUCAGUGGGAUGGUUUUAGACAUUAUGCUAAUCAAAAGGCACGAAAGUUCUAUAAUGGUCACACAACCGAUGAAAUCGAGAAUUCCGACGUGAUUGGUCUUCACACUGUCGCUGAACACGGUGGUAUGACCGGUCGUGCUGUUUUAUUAGACUUUGCCGACUGGGCCGAAACAAACUCCAUCUCAGUCUCAGCUUUAAAGUCUGAAGCUAUUACUCUGGAAAGUCUCAAACAAGUUGUGAAAGACCACAAGCUUGAGUUCAGACAGGGCGACAUCUUAUUAAUUCGCAGUGGCUUCACCGCAGCCUACAACAAGCUGAGUGUUCAGGAGCGGAUAGAUAUGCCAAAUCGCCCAACCCCUGAUUUCAGCGGAGUAGAAGCUACCGAGGGUAUGGUGCGGUGGCUAUGGGAACAUCAAUUUGCUGCUGUUGGUGGAGACGCUCCCAGCUUUGAGCGAGCUCCAAUCCGGGGUAGCCAUGCGGACCCCGACUUUAAUCUGCACGAGUGGGUUCUAGCGGGCUGGGGUACGCCAAUUGGUGAGAUGUUUGAUUUGGAGAAGCUCUCUGCACAUUGCAAAGCUACAGGAAGAUAUAGCUUCUUCCUAUCCAGUAUGCCGCUAAAGGUUGUUGGUGGAGUUGCUAGCCCCCCAAAUGCUUUCGCUAUUUUUUGA